CCCUGCGCUCGUCCCGCCGACCGGCGGAUGGGCACAGCGAGGGCAGCGGCUCGGCCAUGGCCAGCGGCGGCCCCGAGGAGGGAGAGGCGGUGGCGGGGGAGGAACAAGCCCUGAGGAAGCUGGUCGUCCGGCUCCAGAACGUCCAGGAGAGGAAGCGGCUGGAGACGCUGGUGCAGACCCUGAGCGACCUGCUGGAGCUGGCGGCCCGGCAGAGCGCUCCCCGGCUCUUCAGCGGCAAAAACGUCCACGUGCCACUGCUGCUGGUGGUGGAUCUGUACCCGGGAGCGGCGGGCGUGCAGCAGAUGGGCUGGUCACUUCUUUGUAAAUUAAUAGAAAUUUGUCCAAAUACUCUACAAAACAUAGCUCCUAAGGAUGUUGGGAAGGACUGGGAAGUACUGGGUGUUCACCAGCAGAUUCUUAAAAUGCUUACAGUCCACAAAGGAAAUGUAAAUCUUUCAGUUAUAGGACUAAAAGCAUUAAAUCUACUCCUCAUGUCAGACAUAAUUGCUUUCCUGCUCUUGGAAGAAGAGGUGGAUGUGUUUUCCUUGGUGUUUAAUGCCAUGCACACCUUCCCUAAAAAUGAAGAGAUCCAGCAGCAUGGAUGUAAAGCCUUACACAAACUUUUUGAGAAAGUUCCAGAAGAGCAGCUGACUGAAUUUGUUGAAAGCAAAGAUCAUAUGAUCAUACUGAAAGUUUUUAAAGAGUUUCCAGAGAAAGAAGAGGUGAUCCUUCCUGCACUUUAUUCAUUACAUUCCUUAGCUGGUCCACCCAGCAAUGUUGAAGUGCUCAUGUCGGGAAAUGUUCGCUGCUACAAUGUUAUAGUGGAAAUGAUGAAAAGUUUCCCCAGCAGUGAAGCAGUUCAGGAAGUGAGUUGCUGUUUGUUGCACAAGCUUACAUUGGGAAAUUUUUUCAAUAUCCUUGUAUUACAUAAAGUUCCAGAAGUCAUUGUGAAAGCUGUUACAACAUAUCCUGAAAAUGCAAAGUUACAAGCUGCAGCUCUCAGUUGUUUAGCUCUUCUAACUGAAACAAUAUUCUUAAACCGGGACUUAGAGGAAAGAAAAGAAGAGGAGGAGGAAGAAAAGUUCUGCUGGUUGGAAGCGUGUUACAGAGCAUUAGAACUGCACCGAAAAAAUACAGAUGUGCUGGAGGCUGCGUGCUGGGCUUUGAAAAAUCUGUUUCUGUAUCAACGCAACCUUCAUGAGAAGAUUGGAGAUGGAGAUAAUCAGUUCCCAAUAGACAGAGCAGUGAUGCUGUCCAUGCUGAUGCACUCCUCUUCAAAAGAAGUGUUUCAGGCAGCUGCUAGCACCUUGGCAAUUUUGUCACAACAAAAUGUAAACAUUAGGAAGACACUACUGGCAAAAGGCAUACAUAUGAAUGUUUUGGAUAUAAUGAGGAAACAUCCACAUUCUCCUGAAAUGGUUGAAAGUGCCUGCAGGAUUCUGAAUCAUGUUUUCGAAGGAAGUUUCCCUCAUCUGGAUGUAAUGACAGUAGCAGUAUCAGAAGUUGUAAAAGCCAUGAGGAGACAUGAAAAAUCACUCUCUGUACAACUGGAAGCACUUCGAGUCCUUUUACACUUCAUGAUGCCCAGUACAAAGAAUGAACACCAGAAUGGUUCUUCCAGAGAUGUGGGAGAUGCUGCUUUUGCACUUACAGGAAAAGUCAUUAAAAGCCAGUGUCUGUUGGAGGGAACUCACUCAUUGGUGCUUAAUGCUUUAAACAGGUUUAUUGGAAAUCCUAGCAUUCAGAAGUGUGGAUUGAAACUGCUUGGUUCUGUAGCUGAGUGCACAGGUGCACUGGAAAUUUUAACCCAGCAAGGAGCUACUGACACUGUGCUUCACACCCUACAGAUGUAUCCAGAUGAACAAGACAUACAGUGUUUGGGUUUGAGUCUUCUGCGCUCUUUGAUCACACGGAGGAGUUUGUGCAUUGCCACCAUGCACGUCCUGUCAGCAGUUCUGGUUUCUACCCUGCGACGAUUUAAAGAGGUCACUGAAAUCCAGAUGCAUGGAUUUCAUGCAAUCUUGGCAAUUCUUGGUUUGUCACCUUGUUUUGCAAAGCUGCUGGUAAAUGAAUCAUUUGACACAGUCAUUUUCUAUCAGAUGUCUAUGUGUUUCACUGACCAGCGAGAUCAACAGUUUCAAAGCCUGUGUUGUAGAUGUUUUGCUAAAAUAGCUGAAAAUGAUGAGUUAAAAAAUACAAUGCUAGAAAAAGCAUGUAUGGAGUACAAUAGUAUUAUGGCUGAAUGUUUACUUUUACUGGGAGCUGAUGUUAAUAAGAAGACAAAGACAAACUCUUUGAUCUAUCAGGUUUGUGAGAAAGGAAGUAAUCCUAAAUUGGUGGAAUUGUUGUUGGCCAGUGGUGCUCGAGAGCAGGACGUUCGGAGUGCUUUGGCCAUCAGUAUAAAGAGAGGAGACAGCCAGAUCAUCAGCUUGCUCUUAAAGAAGCUUAGCCUUGAUGUCACCAACAGCAGUAUUUGUCUUGGAGGAUUUGGUUUUGGCAGAUUAGAGCCUUCCUGGCUCAUUCCUUUGUUCCCAGAUAAACUUACUCAAACAAGAAAACAGAAUGCAGGUUCUGCACUGGCAAGGAUGGUGCUCAAAUUCCAGAUGAAGAAUAUUUCAGAGGAUAGAUCAAGAGCCUCCUCUGAUCCAAACUUGUCUGAAGAUGGAGUGGACAGAAACUAUGACUGGAAUUUCAUACCUGACCCGUUAGUGGACAGUAUUUUUCCUUUGUGUGAUGAUAUUGAUAGUGAAGGAAGUGAAGGCCCACUUUUUACAAAAAAGAAGUCCAAUUCCAUUGCAGUUGCUGAUUUAUAUUGUAGGGAAAUGGCAUGUCAGAGAGCUUCUCCUACUUUGAUGCGACAUUCCUACUCUGUGGGACCUGGCUCAGAUUAUGAACCAUUAAUGAAACAAAGACGAAAAUUCUUGCUCUCAGAUGAAUCCCCCAAAGGCAUCUCAAAAUUGUCAUCACAUAUAAGAUCAUCAGACAGUCUUUCUUCAUUGAUCUCAGAGAAAGAGUAUAUUAAAUCACUAGAUCUUUCAUCAAAUGAGCUGGAGAACAUUGAUGCUAUCAGCCAGAACAGCUGCUUAAUAAGUCAUCUGGAACACCUUGAGAAACUGGAGCUCCAUCAAAAUGCUCUUACAAACAUUCCAGAACAACUGUGUGAAAACUUGAAAUGCCUGACUUACCUGGACUUGCACAGUAACCGAUUCACGGCUUUCCCGCCGUACUUACUGAGGAUGAAUUGUAUCACAAACCUCGACAUCUCACGGAAUGACAUCGGCCCUUCCUUUGCUCUGGAUCCCAACCUCAGAUGUCCAACUCUAAAGCAACUCAACCUUUCAUACAAUCAGCUGGUGUGCACUCCUGAAUUUCUUACAAGUGUUGCUGAAAAUCUGGAACAGCUCUCGCUGGAAGGAAACAAAAUUUCUUGCUUAUGUUCACCCCUAUGCUUGAAAGACCUGAAAAUUUUAAACAUUAGUAAGAACAGUAUUUCAUCCCUUGCUGAGAAUGUCUUCAUGGGCUGUACAAAACUGGAGCAGUUCAAUGCCAGGAUGAAUGUUCUUGAAAAGAUACCUGACUUGUCAUCCAGCAUAACAAGUUUAAAAUUAUCCCAGAAUUGUUUUCUUAAUGUUCCAGAAGCUAUUCUUCUUCUACCACAUUUGAGAUCAGUAGAUUUAAGCCAAAACAAGAUCACAAGCCUGCCUGGACCAAUGCACUGGAAAUCACUAAAUUUAAGGGAGCUCUUAUUUAAUCAUAAUGAAAUAGAUGUCUUGGACUUGAGUGAAAAGGCAUGUGCAUGGUCUAGGCUAGAAAAGCUACACCUCUCCCACAACAAGUUAAAGGAGAUUCCUCCUCAGAUUGGCUUCCUAGAGAACUUGACUUCUCUGGAUGUAAGUCAUAAUCCUGAUUUGAGAUUCUUUCCUGAUGAAAUGGGAAGACUGUCCAAAGUCUGGGAUCUUCCUUUGGAAGGACUCCAUCUUAAUUUAGACUUCAAGCAUGUGGGAUGCAAAGCCAGAGACAUUAUCAGAUUUCUUCAGCAGCGACUGAAGAAGGCAGUGCCUUAUAACAGAAUGAAGCUCAUGAUUGUUGGGAACACUGGCAGUGGGAAAACCACCCUGUUGCAACAGCUCAUGAAAAGCAAACGAACAGAACUGGGCUCUCCAAAAGCUACAGUAGGCAUUGAUGUGAAAGACUGGAUCAUUCAAGGGAAAGGCAAAAUGAAGAAGGAGCUUAUAUUAAAUGUGUGGGAUUUUGGAGGACAAGAGGAGUUCUACAGUACCCAUCCUCAUUUCAUGACCCAGAGGGCUUUAUAUCUUGCUGUUUAUGAUCUCAGCAAAGGACAAGCAGAGGUGGAUGCUAUGAAGCCAUGGCUUUUUAACAUCAAGGCUCGAGCAUCAACAUCCCCUGUGAUUCUUGUUGGCACUCAUCUGGAUGUUUCUGAUGAAAUGCAGCGUAAGGUCUGCAUGAGUAAAAUCACCAGAGAGCUGCUGAACAAGCGAGGCUUCCCAGCAAUCCAGGAUUACCACUUUGUUAAUGCCACAGAAGAAUCUGAUUCCAUCAUCAGACUUAGGAAAAUCAUCAUAAAGGAGAGUCUUCACUUCAAGAUCAGAGAUCAGCCAGUGGUUGGUCAGCUAAUUCCUGACAGCUACCUGGAGCUGGAAAAGAGAAUUUUGCUGGAACGUAAAAACGUCCCAGUGGAAUUUCCUGUAAUUGAUCAGAAGCGCUUGCUGGAACUGGUACAAGAAGGCCAGCUACAGCUGGAUGAAAAUGAACUCCCUCAUGCCAUUCACUUUCUGAAUGAAUCAGGUGUUCUCCUUCAUUUCCAAGACCCAGCACUUCAGCUGAGAGAUCUGUAUUUUGUAGAUCCAAAGUGGCUGUGUAAAAUCAUGGCACAGAUUCUCAUGGUGAAAGUGGAAGGCUGUUCUAAAUACCCUAAGGGAAUUGUGAAGCGUUCAGAUGUGGAAAAAUUCCUUUUGAAGAAGAGCAAGUUCCCUAAAAUCUAUAUGUCACAAUACUUUAAGCUUCUGGAAAAGUUCCAGAUUGCUUUGCCAUUAGGAGAGGACCAACUACUAAUCCCAAGCAGCUUGUCUGAUCACAGACCUGUUAUAGAGCUUCCUCACUGUGAAAAUUCUGAAAUUAUCAUCAGGCUUUAUGAGAUGCCAUACUUUCCCAUGGGAUUUUGGUCCAGGCUCAUCAACAGGUUGCUUGAGAUAUCUCCUUACAUGCUCUCAGGAAGAGAGCGAGCUCUUCGUCCUAACAGAAUGUACUGGAGACAAGGCAUCUACUUGAACUGGUCUCCUGAGGCUUAUUGUCUAGUGGAGUCAGCAGUAUUUGACAACAACCCAGACAGUUUUUUGAAAAUCACAGCACCUUCUUGCAGAAAAGGGUGCAUCCUUUUGGGGCAAGUUGUGGAUCACAUAGAUUCUCUUAUGGAAGAAUGGUUUCCAGGUUUGUUGGAAAUUGAUGUUUGUGGUGAAGGGGAAACACUGUUGAAGAAAUGGGCUUUGUACAGCUUUCAAGAUGGUGAAGAACACCAAAAAAUACUACUUGAUGACUUGCUUAGGAAGGCUGAAGAAGGUGACCUUUUGGUGAAUCCAGAUCAACCAAGACAGACCAUUCCAAUUGCUCAGAUUGCUCCUGAUCUGAUACUGGCUGAUUUGCCUAGAAAUAUUAUGUUGAACAAUGAUGACCUGGAAUUUGAUGAAGCUCCUGAAUUUCUCUUGGGUGAUGGUGGCUUUGGAUCUGUGUACCGUGCAUCCUAUGGUGGUGAAGAGGUUGCUGUAAAGAUUUUCAAUAAACAUACUUCCCUCAGGCUCCUAAGACAAGAGCUUGCAGUGCUUUGUCACCUCCACCACCCCAGUCUGGUGUCUUUGCUGGCUGCUGCAAUCCGUCCCCGGAUGCUGGUGAUGGAAUUGGCCCUCAAAGGAUCUCUUGAUCGUUUGCUUCAACAGGAAAAUGCAAGUUUGACUAGAACACUGCAGCACAGGAUAGCUCUACAUGUAGCAGAUGGCUUAAGGUACCUGCAUUCAGCAAUGAUCAUCUACCGUGAUUUAAAGCCUCACAAUGUGUUGCUCUUUACCUUAUAUCCCAAUUCAGCUGUUAUUGCAAAAAUAGCUGACUAUGGCAUUGCCCAGUAUUGUUGCCGAAUGGGAAUAAAAACCUCGGAAGGCACACCAGGAUUUCGAGCGCCAGAGGUUGCCAGAGGAAAUGUUAUUUACAAUCAGCAAGCUGAUGUUUAUUCAUUUGGCUUGCUGCUUUAUGACAUUUUAACAGGAGGAGGUAGAAUAAUGGAAGGCUUGAAGUUUCCAAAUGAAUUUGAUGAAUUAGCAAUACAAGGAAAAUUACCAGAUCCUGUCAAAGAAUAUGGGUGUUCCCCGUGGCCUGAAGUUGAAAACUUAAUUAAAAAGUGUUUGAAGGAAAACCCUCAGGAACGACCAACAUCUUGCCAGGUUUAUGAGAUCCUGAAUUCUGCAGAACUGAUCUGUUUGAUGAGAUAUGUCUCCAUACCUAGCACAUCUACAGCAGAGUGCAUGGUGGCUGCCAAUCAAAGCUGCAAGAAGGCAGGAGUCUGGAUAGGAAAUGGGAACACAGAAAAGGCACAGCUUUCAUUUGUUAACCUAAACACAGAUGGACAUACUUGUGAGGAUAUUGCAGACAGUAAAAUUAUAAGUUUGGCCUUAGUGACUCUUCCUACUGAGAAAGAAAACUGGAUUGUAGCAGGAACCCAGUCUGGUUCUCUGUGGGCAGUUAACACAGAAGAUGAAACAAGAAGGCAUCGUCUGCAGAAAAUGUCAGAUUCUGUCACUUGUUUGUACUGUAAUUCUCUUUCAAAGCAAAGCAAACAGAAGAAUUUCUUCUUGGUAGGCACAGCUGAUGGCAAACUGGCAGUUUUUGAAGACAGAGCAGUAAAGUGUAAGGGUGCUACACCUUUGAAGAUACUGACAAUAGGAAAUGUUAGCACACCCCUGAUGUGCUUAAAUGAAUCCUCAUGCUUCUCUGAAAAAAAUGUCAUCUGGGGAGGCUGUGGAACAAAAAUCAUUGCCUUAACCAGUGACUUCUCUGUUCAAAAGCUCAUUGAAACAAAGACAAGUCAACUGUUCUGUCAUAAUGCUUACAGUGAUGCAAACAUUAUUUCAAUAGCAAUAGACAAAUCCAUCUACUUGGCAAAGAAAAACAGCCAUUUUGUGGAAAUCUGGGACAAGAAAACAGAAAAACUUUCUGAAUUAAUUGACUGUGCACAUUUUCUGAAGAACAAAGUGGAAAAAUUAAAUAAGGAAUCAAAACACAAACUGGCUUAUUCAGGAAGAGUGAAGACCAUUUGUCUGCAGAAGAAUACUGCACUGUGGAUAGGGACAGGAGGAGGACACAUCUUGCUGCUUGAUUUGUCAACGCGUCGUCCUGUACGAGUUAUAGACAAGUUCUGUGACUCUGUUCGAGUCAUGGUAACAGCUCAGCUGGGGAGUCUCAAGAAUGUUGUCCUUGUUUUGGGAUAUUGCUAUAAAAGUGACACCGAAGACAACAAAUAUCACAAAGAGUUACAAUCCUGCGUGUCAGUGUGGGACAUCAACCUGCCCCAUGAAGUGCAAAACCUGAAAAAACACAUAGAAAUGAGACAGGAAUUAGCAGAAAAAAUGAAGAGCUUUUCUUUGGACUGAAAAGUCACCCUGCAAGUGCCAUUUUUUUUCUAGUCUUCCAUCUUAACAUACUGUGCAAUAUUUACAACUUCUUCUUCCUGUUAUUUUUAACCUAAAGCAGGAAGAAAAUUACCAUGAGAGUAUUCAUAGGAUGCCAAGAAGAAAGAAGUUAUUUUUAAUAUUUGAAAGGACAGAAAACUGUUGGGAAUUUCUGAUUCUAAAAUGCUAUCAUGGAUCUGUUGUUUACCUGUGAAGUUCUGCUCUCUGCAACUAUGGCUCAACUUAGGUAUAACAUCGUUCAUUCAGUUUUUGAUCCCAGUUAAACUGGGAAUAAGCCAGUAUUAUAAGUGGCUCUAAUUUACUUCAUUAUCUCUAUGAGUUGACACUCUAAUAAGAAGCAAAAUUUAAGCCUCUGUGUGCUUACUGCACUUUGCAUGUAUGAGUUUGCUCCUGUGAUUCAUGGUUUAGUAAUGUCAGAGCUCGUGACCCUGUGAAAAAACAUCAUCUAACAGCACUGUUUAAAGGAAUAUGUAAUUACUACAUUACUCUUUAAAACAACAGGCAGAAUUGUCUGUGUUUCUUCCAUGAAUAAAUGACUUUUUUUUUCCAUUAUGACCAGAAAAAAACCCCAUUGUGCUACUCUAAUAAAAUAGCUCCAGGUUAAACACACGGUGAGGCCUCCUCACGUCGGUGCCCUCGUGCAGCGCUGCAGUCACAGCACUGGGCUGGGAACAGUGCCAGGCACAAAACUCCCUUGGGCAGCUCUCUGGGAAGAGAGAAGGGAAAGCACGGGGUCACUGCUCUGGUCUAAAUGCUGCUAUGACUUGCUCUUAGUCCAACUUGCUUGUUUGCUUACCUCAGUCUAAAAAAAGGGGAGCUUUUGCUUUGAUUUUUCUAACAUGCAAAGUUUCCACUUACUCAUUCUUGUUGGAAUUUGUGUUGUUUGGGGGGAUAAUCAGGGGAACCUUGAGGAGUGUAAGAACUGGCUGCCUCUUCCAAAUUUGUUUCUACACAUCAUCAUUCAAGAGUCACUUUUUGCUACUUUCUGGCUGUAAGUGCAAGCUGCUGCUUACAGCCCACACUGACCUGCUCUAAGGACGUGCCUUAUUUCUGUCCUCCUGAAGACAGACACUUCUUUUUUUGAUGCCAGAAGAAUCCACAGGGUGCUCCCAAAAACCUCAGGGAGUGGAGCAUCCAGAGCCAUUCCUGAGUCUAGGGAGCUGAACAAGGUUGAGCAACCAAAAAGUUCUCAGUUUUUUGUUUGGUUUUUUUUGUGUUUUUUGUUUGUUUCUUUCUUUUUGGAAAAUUACAUACUGGGACAACAGCAUUUCUUGUGUCCAACUCUAGCAUUGAUCUAUUUUCUGCCAGUUGUGGAAUGCAUACUCAGGAUUCUUUUCAGAUAUGCAUCCCAGUUUCUAUGAAUUCUUGUAAUCUGUGUACUGAGAAGAAUUUGCUAUUUAUAUGGGAUUUUAUAACUCAGAAAAUAUAUAUUAUGUUAGAAUGAAUAUGGUUGGUUUUUUU